UCCUCCCAUCGUCCCAGUCUCCCAGAGCCAUCGCAUCCUAGGGUUUUUGCCUCACCGCCUCCAGAGCUCGAAACCCUCGCCGCCGCCUCGGGAGAUCGGAUUCGGAUUAGAGAAACAGAGCAAGAUGUUCCUGGGCUCGAUCCCGCGGCGUCCGAGCAAGGAGGCGGCGUACAAGCAGUUGAAGUCGCACCUCCUCGUCAUGACCUCCUGCGUCGCGGUUAUCCGCGCCGCCCCCUACAUCCUCCACUUCCUCACCCGCGACGGCGACGUCCAGGAGCUCAAGCUCGAGUUCUAGGGCCGUCCUGGCCCCAUGCCGCCGCCACCCCCACCACCACAUGGUGCGACAGGAAUGAGCCAAUCUUUGUCCUAGUUCCUCAGACCACUGCAAAGUUAUGUUCAGCAUUGUGUUUCUACGUAGCUUAAAAACAUGGAGUCAGUAACAGUGCUUGCUUCGGUUUCUAUGUUCUUUAAAAUUAGCGACAAUACUCUACCAACUAGCUUCUGUGUUUUCAGCCACCAGUAUUACUUACGAAUUGCCUGAGCUCAAGACGCGGUCAUCAUAAUUGUCACUUACGAAGUUACCAACUGCCUGAGCUCAAGUCGCAUGUUUGGGAUU